UAUCAAUGAAAAACGCAAAGUUAGUAAUAAAGAUUUUACCGUAUGAUUGUAUUGUAUGCAUUCAUUUAAACUUUGAGCUAGAAGUUUCAAGAAGUUGUUGCCAAGCAUUCCGUGACGCGUCCAGAUGGAGGUGGAAAGUGGGCGCACACCCAACUCGCGCCACAUAAAAGCAUCAGCCACCGCCUCUUGCUAGACACAAUAUAAACAAAACUCCGUGAGAGAACAGAACAAGCUGUAGCUUUAUCUACAUUUCCAAGAGAAAUAUGGAGAAAAAAAAUAAUACCACUCUGAAUGAACAAAAAACUGAAUCUCCCAAAGAGGAUUCACUUCUCCCCAUCGUUGAGAAGGGGCUUACCUUCCACGAUUCUUUCUUCGAGGAUAUUCGGAAGCACUUUGAGACAGCCAUCGACCAAAUCCUGGAUACGUGGGGAGAAGCCAGGCCCGUUAGGGAUCUCAUGAGUAGCUACAGACGUGUAAGAGAGCGCAAUUUGCAGCAAGAGAACCAAGUCAUGGCCUUCAGCGAAGACGACCAGAAUCACAAGGUUGUGCUGGAUGUUCAUGACUUUAAGAGAGGAGACGUUAAAGUUAGAGUGGAAGACAAUCAGGUGGUGGUGGAAGGUGAAGUGGAAAAAGAAAAGGACGAAUUCAAGUCCAUGAAAAGCUUCGGUCGACGCUUCAACUUCCCAGGCAAAGUGGCUAUGGAGGGUGUGACUUCUGCAAUGUCUUCCGAUGGCGUCUUGACUAUCACGGCUUCGAAAAUUCCACAGGCAGCAUAGAAAAAUAUUUAAUGAGAUAAAAUUAUGAUAUAAGU